CUCCCAGUCUGCACAAUGAAGAGCAUCGCUAUCUUUUUGCUGGUUGGUCUCAGCCUUUUCCAUAAUGGAAACUGCCAAAGUGAUACUACUCAGGACCUCGUUACAGCCAUCAUUAACUGUUUGGCUAAAGUCAUUGAGGAAUUGCCUGACCUGAUUGCAGAGCUCCUAAAAAUCGUAUGCCUGCUUAGCAAUGCACAGAAUACAAAAGAUCCUGAAAUUAUCAAGAAAGCUUUAGAAGAAUUGAAAAUGUUUUUGGAAAAAAACUGCGACAAAGAAUUGACCGCGUUACUUGACAAUUUACUUGCUGGUUCAGUCGAGGACAUUGUUGAAGGACUAGAUAAGAUUCUAAAUGCAUUGAACACAUUUUUGAAUACCAAUCUAAAAAUAACCAAAGAGACCUUGGAUUGCCUUUGCAAAGCAAUAGAUGAGAUUACAAAGUCAGGGUGUUUGAAUAAGCCAUCGACGGAAAUUACUAGCUGUAUAACGGCUAUCGUUAAGGGCUUGCCAACUUUACUGGACUGUGUGCUUGAUGAAACGACAUGUAAACUUCUUAACAUGAUCCUGGGAAAUCUUGUGCCGAUUAAACUCGAUACGAAUCUGCUGACAGGCGUGGUGAACUAUCUGCCUUGUGGAACGACAUUAUUGGGGAAAUAGUUGGCAACUACAAUGUGCGUUAGAAAGAAACACAUCAUGCAUGAUGCAAAGAAAAUCUUCGAUUUCAAACCACCUUACCUAAUUACCUUUCGCUUUCAUAAAAAAAAAAUCUAAAAAAAAAUGUCAUCUUAGCCAUACUCUCCUCCCUUUACUCCUGGAAUCAUUUCAAAUAAACUCGCAGCAAAUAAACA